UGACGGUGUAUCCGUACUCUAAAUACAGGAUCUCCGCGGUUGUCAAUUGAAUUAUACUUGAGUUUGUUUAUGCAGUGGUCUACGAAUUGGUCUAUUUGCAGUAAGGAUAUAUUCUCAGUGGAUUGUUCACGCGUUGCGCAAAUUUCACCACCAACACAUACACCCUAUUAUCUACAUACAUACAGACAAUCAGACAAACGGCAUCAAAAUGAUGUUCGCUACCCUCCCCACGCAGCAACACCCACAACCACAACCACAAUCACAACAACGACAAUACCACCAACAACAACAACAACACACCCCCACCCGUCCCUCCUCCCUCUCACCACACCGCACCCCAAUCACCACCACCACCUCCACCACGACGAGCCAAUUCCUCAACUUCAACUUCUCCAGUCCAUUCAGCACUACCACGCUCACAACCCCCACUAAAUCCCCCUCCGCAUUCGCCCCGACCUCCCCAUCACCGACCCCGCAGCAGCAGCAGGAACAACAACAAUCCCGCUACGCGCACCGCUACGCAACCAACAUCUCCAACCCCAUGACCAAGCACAUGAUGACGUCGGCGUCGCCGUCCGCAAGACGGAACCUUUUCUUGAAUCGCGUGAAGCGGGCGCGUGAUGAGGGCCGGUUCGAGAAUCGGGGUGAACAGUUGGUGCUGAUGGAGUUGGUCGCGGAGGAGAAGAGGUGGGGGGAGGUGAUGAGGAGGAGGGCGGAGAGGUUGGAGGUGGAGGGGGAGGGGGAGGAUGAGGGGGUGAUGGAGGAGGUACCUGAUGAUCUGGACUCGCAUGCUCUGGAUGAGUAUUUACAAGAACAGGCUGCGGAGAUGGAACGGUUGGAGGCUCUGGAUGAGAUGUAUCCGCAGCCACAACUACUUGACAGUGGUGGUGCGGGUGCGGGUGCUUCCUUCAGUGAUGAAGAAUACGAUGAUUUGUUUAUGGAUUUGGCGGAGCAUCAACAUUAUCUCCCAGAUUCAGGUUCAGGUCAGGGGUUCGUACCUAGUCAGGAUAUGGAUAUGUCGUGAUCUUAUCUUUGUAUAUGUAUGUGUUUUGGGGUUGGUUGGGACAUGUCGCGGGUCGACAAUUGACAAUAUUAAUUGGCAUUGACAUUGGACAUGGGACCGGAUUGGAAUCACUUACUCAAAACUUAGCUAGAUAGACACGGAUGGAACACACUGGCGUUCACUGUCUGGGCCAUACACAUAACACCAAAC